UGGCUGUUCCACUGGAUGUCAUAAGGUGAAUGCACCAAUUUGUAAGUCGCUCUGGAUAAGAGCGUCUGCUAAAUGACUUAAAUGUAAAUGUAAAUGUUAACUUCAAGUAGGUAAGCAUCUGCCUCUAGUGUCAAAGGUUGCAUGUUCUAAUCCAGCGAUUAAAAGUUGUUUUUGAGAUUUUUGUUUUAAGCCUAUUCCAAACCUUAACCCUUACUUUAACCAUUCAGGAGUUAAUGCCCAACUUUAAGAUUUUGGAAUAAAUGCCUAUAUUUGACCAAUAACCUUAAAAAUGUGGAGUUAGAGCCUAAACGUAACCUUAAUCACUUUGAAAUGUAACGUUUGGAACAACUUCACAAUGUGACGUUUGAGAAGCAUGGAUUAACAUCUAAUAGCUGAUGUGAAACUGUGAGACCUUGUUGUUCCAUCAGUAAGAGCAGGGGCAGGCUGGGGCUCAUGGUUGGAAAGUCCAGUCCAUUGCCACGUGUAAUGCAGUGUAGCUUAGUUCUAUAUACACCAUCCCAAGAGUGCAAAAACUCAGGAAGUACAUUUUCUUAGAAAUAUAACUUUGUCCUGUGCUUCUCCGAGCAUGCUCUUUGUCUGGCCUAUAGUAUAGGCUAUGGAUCAUUUUAUUGAGACCACACUAGGCGCACUUGAUAUUGCCCAGCAGAGAAUCAGGGAUGGGGGGCAUCAUCGGACACUCAUCGAGAUACUAUAAGCAGCAACUAAUUCUCAAACCCUGAGCAAUACCACAUUUAUUGUAUUACAAAUCACAUGACCCUCCUCCGGACUAAAUACAACAAAUACUAAACCCUCCCCCUGACUUAAAUUGAAUAAACAUGACCCUCCCUCAUUGUCCUCUAUGGAACAAUUGUGUACAUUUAGACUGCUCCCUAAUGUAAAUCUCUGUCUGUCUUAUCAAACCCUGAGCAAUAUGAUAUUUAAUCAAUUACAAAUUACACAACCCUCCCCUUGACUAAAAAUAAAUAAAUACUAAACCCUCCCCCUGAGUGAAAUUUAAAAAGCAUGACCCUCCCCCCAUUUUCUUCCAGGUACCAAUUGUGUACAUUUCCACUGCUUCCUAAUGUAAAUCUCUCUCUCCAGUCUCUAAAUAUUGAUGGUUUAACACCGAAUACACGGUAUACUACAUCUAAAACACAAUCAGUGUACAUUUGUAACCGGUUGGGUACACCAUUCACCGACGGGGAGACGCGCGCAACACUACGGGUAGAUGGCUAGAUGCUCACGAACAUCAUUAGUGGUCGUGUGUGUGAGGCAGAGAGAGUGACAGACAGAAAGACAGACAGACAGACAGACAGACAUCAAGUGAUAGACAUCAAGAGACAAUUUGGAAUCAAUAAAAAACAAAAGAAACAUUGAGAUUCAUCAACAAAGACUUUGGAAAACUACGUUCAUGUUUUGCAUUCUAAGAGCGCGACUCGACCAAGAACCCUUCGUGGACUGCAAUUGAACAGUGAGAAGGCACAGAUUAUACACAUUGGAACAAUAAUAACGCUUUGCGAGAAGAAGCUGAUCAUUGUCGUUGAUUGGAUUGUGGUCAGUCAAUUUGUAUCUUAAAGUCAAGAUAAUAGAAACAGUUACCAUGGAAACUAUUAUGUUCUUCCUCUUUUCACUCCUGGUGUAUGUGGCUGCAGUAGCAGACCCAAGUGCAGAGGAUGGUAAUAAGGAGAAGAAAGAGAUGGACCCAUUUGUCUAUGACUAUCAUAGCCUGCGGAUCUGUGGACUGGUCUUUGGCGUGGUCCUCUUCGCGCUGGGCAUCCUCCUCAUCCUCAGUAAGUCUUCAUACUUCAGCCGAAAAUGUCGCUGCAGUUCCAAUCAGGAGAAGAAGCCCAAGGCCCCUGGAGACGAAGAGGCUACGGCAGAGACUCUGAUCGUGUCCAAGGCUAAGGAGCCAGAGCCAGAGCCAGAGCCUGAAGCUAAGGCUGAGAACUGAGUCAGCCCAACCAGACUGACCCCCACCUGACCGAAUCAACCACAUCUGCCACUGAACCACUACCUAACGACCAACACAACAACCAUGACGAUGAUGACGACGGCAAAAGGUGAUGAUGCUGGGGAAAAAUAAUGAUGAUGAACGAAGAUGAUAAUGAAGAAUGAAGAUGAUGCAAAAGGAAUACUGUACGACCACUGGGUAGAGGAUAGGAGUGUGUAGAUGGGGGUGGGGGGGAUAAUGCAGAUGUAAAUAGACCUCUAACCUAUUGUUCCGUGCUCUGUGCCCGUGUAUGUGUCUCAGUGAUCUCGUGUGUACCUGUGCCUUUCUGCGACACUCUGUCUCCAGUUUGUUGUCUUAGCCAGUGACACCUUUUUACAGAUCGUCUUUACCCCAGUUCUUAAUAAGUAAGAGAUUUGUCAAGAAAUGUUCUUCUUGUUUGUGUUUAGCUUAAAUUCUGUGUUUCUAUCGUCUUUAGAUUCUAGAGGUUACUGUUUGCUAUAUUUUUGUUGUUGCUGUUAUCACCAUCACACUUGUAACACUUGUCCUCAAUGCUGUUUUUCACGUAGUAGAUUCUAUACUAUGUAUACAUGCAUAUAUAUUAGUAUAAAUAGUCUAUACACAGUUAUAGCUAUAUAUAUUGAAAUAUGUGUGCCUGUGUGGGUACAUGAGUUUGGGUGGUGUGUGUGUAUGUGUCUGAGAGGUUGUGUGUUUUUGACUGUGUUGCGCCUUACACACGAGAAUCCAACUGCCACAGUUUGCUGACCAAGCACAAGAAUGCAUCAGAGUUAACUAGGAGCUCACCAACAGUACUUACUGUAGUAAAGUGAGCUCCUACAUCAGCUGUAUCACUGCCUUGUCCUAGAAGAAAAAAAACGUCCAAUCUAGUCUCCUCCUCUGCCAUUGGCUGAGCCGGGGCGAUACCGCCCUCAGAGGCAGGCUAGGAUUGGCCGGUUCCCACACCAGUGCCGCAAAUCUGUGUCCUCUAUCGUUUAUUUGAGAAGCAACAGUAGCUGAUUGCAAAAUCAGUCUCUCAACCAAUGGCGUUUCUCUGUUUUGUAUUGUAUGAUUGGUUAUGCAUUUAGUUCAUGUGUGUGAGUGAUCGAGAGUGUGUCGAUGCUAAGUGUGCCAGAGUCAUAGUUUUAGAUGCCAAUUUAGGUGGAAGAAAACAAAAGGAAAAUAUAAUUUGCUCUGUAUCAGAUGUCAGGUAAAGCUUAUUACGCAGUACGAUAUAUGGAGUCUUAUGCGGAGUAUCAUUAUUACAACAACAAAACAAAAACAAAAAACACUGUCACGACAAUAAGUAACUAACUCUGUUCGUUCUGUGCAUGAGGUUGUGUUGAAAUAGCUGCAUUUUGUGCUUGUAGCAUAGAAAUAAAGUGUCUCUCACCAAUAA